AUGGCUUCAAACGAUGGCAAUGCCUAUGUUAUAGGUGUUGGUAUGGCUGCGUUUCUCAAGCCGCGCGGGACACGCAUGUAUACCGAGUUGGCGUUUGAGGCUGGUGCCAAAGCUAUGCUUGAUGGCCACAUAACUUAUGACGAUGUUCAAGCUGGUAUCGCAUGCUACACCUCCGGCCCUACUUGUACCGGUCAACGAGCAUUCUAUCAAUUUGGAAUGACAGGCAUCCCAAUAUAUAAUACAAAUGCCGCUUGUGCAAGUGGGUCGACAGGAUUACAUCUUGCUCGAGGAUUUGUCAAAUCGGGUGUACAUGACUGUGUUCUGGUCAUAGGGUUUGAGCAAAUGCAACCUGGGCCUUUGGUUAGCAACGUCUCUGAUAGACCAACACCAUUUGACCUCAGCGUCAAGUUGAUGAAAGCCACGAGGGGCAAGACCGAGACCCCAAAAAACCCACAGCUAUUUGGUAAUGCAGGAAGGGAAUACAUGGAAAAAUAUGGUGCAAAAGCGGAAGACUUUGCUGAGGUUGCCCGAAUGUCGCACGAGCAUUCAUCAAGAAAUCCUUACGCGCAAUUCCGGACGGUUUACACGUUAGAGCAGAUCGAGAAAUCUACGAUGAUCCAUUAUCCACUCACCAAGCUCCAGUGUUCUCCAACUUCAGAUGGAGCCGCUGCUGCCGUCGUGGUCUCCCAGAGAUUCCUUGAUGCCCGGCCAGAAUUGAAAAAGUCGGCUAUUUUGAUCGCCGGUCAGUCAUUCAUGACUGACGGUCCCUUGCUGUACUCCGGUAGCGCUAUGGAGUUGGUUGGAUAUGACAUGACACGGCGGGCUACUAAAGCGGCCUUGGGGGAGGCAGGCUUGACGCCGAAAGACAUCGGUGUCUGCGAAUUACAUGACUGCUUUUCUACAAAUGUGAUUGUUUCCCUGGAUGGAAUGGGCUUUUGCAAAUCUGGAACCGCCCACGAAAUGGUCCGACGUGGUGACAUCACAUAUGGAGGCAAAGGACCGAUAGUUAAUCCGUCAGGUGGCCUGAUAUCGAAGGGCCAUCCGCUUGGAGCAACAGGUCUCGCACAAUGUGCGGAGCUAACAUGGCAGCUUCGCGGGUGGGCAAACAACGGCCGACUUGUCGAAGGAACCAAGGCAGCACUUCAACACAACAUUGGUUUGGGAGGCGCGGUUGUAGUCACUGUCUACAAACGAUAUGACGGGAGAAGCAAUACAGAUUCUGUAGUUGAUAAGGAUAGCGCGGCUCGAAUUAGUGGCCUUGGGUACAACCCUGCUGUGGAGGCUCAUUACAUCCAACCUGAGAAAGCAAAAUCAAUUCUGAGUAAGAAAGCGCCAUCCGAUUUUGCCCUAGACAACACGAUCGAUCUUAUUAGCGCACGUUUGUGA